AUGGAGCAGGAUGUAGGGAGGGACGAGAUGAAAAGGCGGACAGAAACUCCUGACUUCAGUAGCCCCUUGGAAGAUGAGACCUUGCCUCAGAAUGGGGAGGUGCUAGAACCAGAAGCCGAGGAGGCCCCUGCUGGGGAGCGGAUGCCACUAAAGGAAGAGGAAGAAGGAGGCUCUGGAAGCGAAGAUGACCCCGAGGAAGAGGAGGCUGUGGAGUCAGACUCAGCCUUGGAUGUGGUGGACAAGGACCUUCAGUGUCCUAAGGAAGAGGACACAGUCAAACUGGAGGGCAGCCCUGGAUGCAAGACCUGCGGUUACCUCCUGGUGAGGAGAGCUAAGAGGUUUGACAAAGCUCAGUUGGUUUGUCGGAGGUGCUACCGGGGCAACCUUGCCUCCAUCCACAGCUUCAGCGUCAACUACCGAAUCCAGUUCUCUGUCAGGGGGCUCAACCAGGGUCAAGUCUGGAUCGGAGGCAGGAUCGCGGGCAGGGGCCACUGUAAAAGCUUCCGCUGGGUUGAUGGCAGCUCCUGGAACUUUGCAUACUGGGCUGCUGGCCAGCCCUGGGCCUGUGGUGGCAGAUGUGUGGCCCUGUGUACCCGAGGAGGCCGCUGGCGUAGAUCUCACUGUAGAAAAAGACUUCCCUUUAUCUGUUCCUACUGAGCUGGUCCUAGCCAGGAGCUGGAAUCGGCCUCCCCGUGGGCGGCUGCCUCCCCUCUCCUGCCUCCCACCCUUCCCACUACC